AUGGUGGAGAUGAGCUCAGGUCAGAUGUCUUUGAGUGAAAUACUGCAGGUUCAGGAUCAGCCUGUGAGUGAGGAGCAGGCAUGGGCUCUGUGUUAUCAGCUCUGCUCUAUACUAUCACUUCACUCCAGUGAGAAACAAUGGAAAACUGUCGUGAUACCUGCGGCCGAUGGUGUUUUGUUCUCCAGGGACGGCAGCAUCUCUCUCCGGAUGAUCAACAACACAAAGUUCGGUAAAAGUUUUGUGAUCGAGACGGAGGAACAGGCUGUCGAGUUUGUGGGCCGUUUUGUCUACUCCUGUCUGGACUGGGGUCUGGAGACACAGGUCGAGCGUGAAUUAAAUGAGAUGUUGGAGAUCCUGGUGUGCCAGAUGACCAAAGUGAACCUCAGUCAUACUGCUGGUAAUUGCUUUCAAUCCAUCUGCAGCCUGUCUGAUGUACUCCAGGUUUGUAAAGAACGCCUAUAUGAUCCAAGCCAGGCUGCUCAGCAUUACAAGAGUGUGUGCUCCACUCUGUUCUUGCACACCAUUGAGUUGUGUCAUUAUAUGCAGAUCGUUCAACAAUCCAGAGAGAGUCUGCAGAAACUCAUAUUGGAAUCGGAGACCAAACUGGUUGCAGCAGUGACAAAAAAUUGGGUAUCUCCAUGGCAAGAUUUAGUGAAGGAGUUGAGCAGGGGUGUAGUGUUGCGGCCAUCAGGAAAGAGCCCAAAUGCAAAUAAAGGUCCACUGCCAAUGGACACUCCUCCAUUUAACCAGCUUCUGCAGGACAUUAAGUGUAGGCGAUACACAUUGCGUAAUGUUCAGGCCACUAGAAAUGAGCAAAGAACACAAGACCCUCACCAGACUCUACUAGAAUAUAUCCGCUCGCGUCCGAAACUACGACCAGUGUCGGAGCGUAAAAUGGGACUAAAGCCCAAAGAGCAGAGCUGUCCGCACGAGCUGCUAAUGCAGGAGAUUCGCUCGACCAACCACUGCAAACGACUUUCGUCACACAACAGGGGGCCAACCGACUUCAGUGUCUGCACAGGCAAGCGUCGGACCAGAUCGUUUGCUAGCAACAAGGAUCUCUUUAAAGUGGUGCGUCAUGACAGCACCAAGAAAGGGUCUGUUCUUACCACGAUUGUUGACGUCAUGAAAAAGAACAGUUCUUACGAAGGAGAUGCGAAGGACAUGUCAUGUGAUGUAUAUAGCGACUGUCGGGUUUGUUCAUGUUGUGCGGCGAGAAGCCUUUAUUUCACAUGGCAUAACAUCUGCUCUCUGUGUAGAAGGGUUAUUUGUCCUGGCUGUUGUGUAGAGAUGCGUUUGCCCUCCAAGUGCUGCGUAAACCUUCCGCUGAGCUUCUUCAAGCAAAUUGUAAUGAAAGAUGGUGAGCAAAGCCAGAGAAACUUCUGGAAUGAACGCUGGUCCUGGGACUCAGCCUGGAUUCCUCUGGUUCUGGUGUCUUGCGGGUCUAACUCAAAGUCUGUGCACAGUCUUGCUAUGAGAGACUGGUACAGUCAGGACAUCUGUGUGGGCUGCCAGAAGAUCUUAAUAAAGACAUGCGACUCAGUACUGUCCACCUGUCCCAUCAAAGACUCGCAGGAGAUAUGA